UAUAUAUCAAUCUAUCAAGAGGCUCAGCCAACACAAGUCUCACAUAUUCUCAAAACUUCUCUCUUGGUUCUGCAAAGAUCAAUUAGAUCUUUCAUAUUUGCUCCAUCAUAAAAAGCCAUGGGUAUCCGAUUACUCAAUAUCCUUCAUGCAAAGAAUAUUCUCCGCCAAUCAACCUCUGAGUUUGUAGAUGUCCCAAAGGGCUAUUUAGCUGUUUAUGUUGGAGAGGCACAGAAGAAGAGAUUUGUGGUGCCAGUGUCAUACUUGAACCAUCCUGCAUUUCAAGAUUUGUUGCGCGAGGCUGAAGAAGAAUUUGGGUUCUCUCAUCCUAUGGGUGGCCUCACUAUUCCUUGCAGAGAAGAUACUUUCAUCAAUCUUACUUCUCGGCUGAAUGGAUUGUGAGAGCAGAAAGGAGGACAUGUCUUUUGGAAAAAUGACAAUUUUGUAGACCGGGAACAAUCUCAUGUACAACUUAUUUUCCUUUUUUGUAAAUACUAGAAUUUUGGCGGGAAAGAAAGCCUUGAUUCAUGACAAACAUGCAAUGAAAUCUAUUUCUUCUUCAAUGUGAA